AUGGCAACUCUAAAACUUGAAAACCAGAUGGCAAACAACAAUAGCCCUGUUCUAAGUAUUAAGCAGGAAACAAAUAGUAUAGAACAAAAUUUAGCAAACAGCAAUGAAUCAAUUGUAUCAACUGCUUCACAAAACCCAAUGCCAAACAAUUUUCUUUUCCGAAUUAUAAAGCAAGAAAAAAACUUGUGUAUAAAUGUCAGAGAAAGUACCAGUUUAGAUCAAGCGGAUUCAGUGAGUAGCAAUAAAUCAACUUUGGUAAACGAACCUCGUGAUUUAAUGGCAGAACAAAACCCUAUAAUUAUAGCUAAUAAUAAUAUUGUAUCUAUAGUUAGAGAAACACCUUUAGCAAACAGCAAUGAAUCAAUUGUAUCAACUGCUUCACAAAACCCAAUGCCAAACAAUUUUCUUUUCCGAAUUAUAAAGCAAGAAAACAACUUGCGUAUAAAUGUCAGAGAAAGUACCAGUUUAGAUCAAGCGGAUUCAGUGAGUAGCAAUAAAUCAACUUUGGUUAACGAACCUCGUGAUUUAAUGGCAGAACAAAACCCUAUAAUUAUAGCUAAUAAUAAUAUUGUAUCUAUAGUUAGAGAAACACCUUUAGCAAACAGCAAUGAAUCAAUUGUAUCAACUGCUUCACAAAACCCAAUGCCAAACAAUUUUCUUUUCCGAAUUAUAAAGCAAGAAAACAACUUGCAUAUAAAUGUCAGAGAAAGUACCAGUUUAGAUCAAGCGGAUUCAGUGAGUAGCAAUAAAUCAACUUUGGUAAACGAACCUCGUGAUUUAAUGGCAGAACAAAACCCUAUAAUUAUAGCUAAUAAUAAUAUUGUAUCUAUAGUUAGAGAAACACCUUAUUUUUGUAUUAGAAAAUUGCCUAAUAUUAAAAAUGAAUUUUGCCACGAUGAUAAUGAUCAGAUAUCACAAGACAAUAUUAUAUUUAUAUGUAGAAUUUGUAAAAAUGUUCCUUCUACAGAUAUACAUUCAUUCGCAUUACACAUGAGUGAUCACAGUGAGUGUAAUAUGCAUGAAUGUAUUGUAUGUGAUAAAACAUUUAACUCUGUAACUCUCUGGGUAGACCAUAUGACCUAUCAUGAACAACAAAUAGAUUUAAAUGUAUCAACAAUUCCGUUUGAUCCUAUAAAUACUGAAUCUAAUGCAUUGCACCCUAUUACAUCUAGAAACGAGGAACCUCAAGUUUUUAAAAACCUAAAAAAUAGAAAAUCUGAGAUAUCUUUAUCAGAUGAUUCACAUUCAGCUUCAACAAGGUUGAAUAGUGGCAACAAAAUUAAAUACCAAUAUGACUGUAGUACACUUACAAAAGUAAUUCCUUCCACAAGCGCAUUAAAAGUUCAUCAAACUCUUCGUAAUAAAUCACAACCAUUUUCCUGUAGGUAUUGUGAUAAAACAUUUUCUGGAAAGGGUUCAUGUACAAAUCAUGAAAAAUCUCAUAUCAACUCACACAAAUUUUUAUUACAAAAUAAUGAGAAUAUUCAACUUGAACCAAUUGUAAUCCAAAACAGCAUAAGUAUAGAAGACAACAACUCUGAUUCUGAGACAAUGUCGAGAAAACAAAAUAAAAAAAACAAAUCAUCAUCAAUUAAAAAAAUGAAUUUCUGUAAAUUAUGUAAUAGAAAAUUUACAAAGCGCUUUUAUUUUACAAACCAUAUGAUGAUGAAGCAUAAGAUAAAUCCAAACACACCAAAACAACUUACAUCGAUUGAUUGUAACGAAUCAAUCAUUCCGUCUGAAAACAUAGAGUUGACUAAUAAACGAAUACGAAAACGAAAACAAAUCGAAUACGAAAACAAAUUAUCAGUGCCAGUAAAUUACAAAAAUAACAAUCUGAACAACCAUGUUAAUAAAAGCAAUGAAAAGAAAUCAACAUUUUGCAAGUUUUGCAACACACAUUUUGCACAUCCUGGUGCUUUAACCAAUCACAUGCGUAUUCAUUAUUGUAAGACAUACAAGUGUCAAUAUUGUGACAUGCAAUUUAGUAGGAAAGGCCUUUAUAUUAUGCAUGAAAAAACACAUGUAUUAAAAAAAGUAGUUAAAAGUGCUACUAUUCAAAAAAAAAACAAUAUAGUUUUUGAAGUUAAUGAUGAACCACAAAUUGAGCAUUAUAAUGAUUCUAAGAUUAUUCAUAGUCCAGUUGAUGGCAAUUCAAGUGGUACAAAUUUGAUGGACGUAGAACAUUUAUGGUUUCCAUGUGAUGUGUGUGAGAUAAAGUUCUCUACUCCGUUCCAAUUGAAUGUUCACCGAAAGUCACAUUCUAAAAUUGUACCAUAUGUAUGUAAGAUUUGUAAUAGAACUUAUCAGUUGAAAUUUCGAUGGAAUUGGCAUUUAAAAGGCCACUACACAAAACACAAUGCUAAUUUAAAAAGUAAGCAGCAUACUAAUAAUCUAAAAUCGAACAUUACUAAACUAAAGAUUGAAUCUAUAAGUCAUAAAGAUAAAAUGAAAUGUCGAUAUUGCAAAAAAGAAUAUAACUCAAUAUCUCAGUGGAAAAAACAUAUGACAAUGAGCAAGGAAUGUCGUCGCUAUUGUAAAAGUAACCUUCCAGAGUUUACAUCAAAUAAAGCUGCAAAGAAUUCUACCAAAUCUGGUCGAUUCAAAUGUAAUAUAUGUACGGAAACAUUUAAAACUUCUUACAAUCGAACAGUUCAUAAAAAAAAUUGUUGUAAAAUGUUAGAUUCAACGUAUUUGAAUACCUAUGAUAAUACCGGUUUACAAAAGGGCAAAUUAACAGACAAAAUUCAACAAAAACCAGCGAUUAAGAAACAAAAUAGACAUAAUCACAUUAAUGGCACUAAAUGUGAGUUAUGUGGUAAAACAUACAGCAACAGAGCUAAUUUAAGUCGCCACAUGUCCAUAAUUCACACACAAAAUUUUAAACCUAUGACCUGUAAUGUUUGUGGAAGUACAUUUAAGCACAAAUAUACUUACAGAGAACAUUUAAAAAUUAAACACAAACAAUUAUUUAAACAUUAUGAAGAAACAAACUCUACACAUAAAAAAACUAGACGGUAA